CUGCGAGGUUCCCUGUCAAAUCAGUUAGUUGUGAACAAAGCAACAACAUGAUUUUUUCAGAUCCUAAAUCUGAUAAAAAAGUUGAAGAAAUGGAAGCUCAGAAAGCUAAUGAAUCUUCCAAAGUUGUCAACAAAGAAACUCAAAAUAGUUCAUAUUUAAUAGAGAGAAAAUCAAAUUCUUCUAGCAAUAAGGAAGAAACACAUCAUGAUACAAAAAAAAGUAAGAAGCAAGAGGAAAAAAUGAUGAUACUGAAAAAGAAAAGGCAAAAGUGGGAGGCACUAAGAAAAAUCCACAGUAGAAGUGAUCGACACAUUGACCAUGUGGAUUCUAUUGAUUGGGAAGCAGUAAGAAAUGCCAAAGUUGGUGAAGUUGCUGAAGCUAUUAAAAUGCGUGGUCAACAUAACAUUAUUGCUAAAAAAAUACAGCUUGCAUUGAACAAGUUCUUGGAACACCAUGGAACCACGGAUUUAGAAUGGCUGAAAUAUAUUCCACCAAACGAAGCAAAGGAAUAUCUUUUGAACAUAUUUGGUUUGGGUUUGAAAAGUGUGGAAUGUUUAAGACUUUUAACACUUCAACAUAUUUCUUUUCCGGUGGAUGUAAAUGUUGGACGGAUUGUUGUAAGAUUGGGAUGGGUUCCCCUACAACCCUUACCAGAAUCAAUUCAAAUACAUAAUUUAGAACAGUUUCCAGAUCCAAUCAAAAUCCAACAAUAUUUGUGGCCAAGAUUAUGCAAACUUGAUCAUCAUACAUUGUAUGAAUUGCAUUAUCAGUUGAUUACCUUUGGAAAGGUUUUUUGCACCAAGAGAAACCCAAAUUGCAAUGCUUGUCCGAUGAAGGACAAUUGUAAAUAUUAUGCAAGUUCUCUUGCAAGGACAAAACUUGCCUUACCACCAAAACAAACCACAGAACAAUCAAUAGUGACCCAAAUGGAUCAUGCCAAUGCAUAUUCUUUCCCAUACUUUGAUUGUUGGAGUAACUCUACAUCAACAUUAUUUACCGAAAAGAGUAAAGAAUGUGAACCUAUAGUUGAGAUGCCUGCAUCACCUGAACUUGAAAGCACAGAAUUGAUUGAUGAUGAAAAGAUGUAUUAUGAUUAUGUUGUUGAGAAUGAUGAAGACAUUGAGGAUAUGAUGACACUCAACCUCAGUAUUGGUAAUUCUUUUAACGAGCUUGACUAUGACAACACUAAUAAUUAACCUCAGUAGUCAAGAAUCAUCAUGCUUUUCAAAGAUAUGUGAUAAUUCUUUCCAAGAGUUUGACCAUGACAUGACUGCACCAACAUCUUUAGUUGCAUUACAUCCAAAUGCUACAAUCAAUCGUUUAUCAAAAAUGAAAAAUGCUAGCCGCCUGAAAACUGAGCGUUUAGUUGUCAAAGUUAUACCACCUCUUGUGUAGAUCCUUGCUAAGCAGCUUGUUCUCUAGAUCUGUUAUUUGUUAAGUCUCAACAAGUUAUUAGUUUCUCUACUUCAAGAUAUUGUUGUUGUUAUACAUGC